CACGGCAACGACAUCGCCUCCCUCUUCGAGCUGGACCCUACCACGCUGCAGAAGACAGACUCCUUCGUCCCACGGAAUUCCUACGUGAGGCUGCGCCACCUCUGCACCCACACCUGGAUCCAGAGCACCAACGUGCCCAUCGACAUCGAUGAGGAGAGGCCCAUUCGCCUCAUGCUGGGCACAUGCCCCACCAAAGAAGACAAAGAAGCUUUCGCCAUCGUCUCUGUGCCCGUGUCUGAGAUCCGGGACCUCGACUUUGCUAACGAUGCCAGCUCGAUGCUGGCCAACGUGGUGGAGAAGAUGAAUGAAGGUUUUCUCAGCCAGAAUGACCGGAGGUUCGUGAUCCAGCUGCUGGAGGACUUGGUGUUUUUCGUCAGCGACGUCCCCAACAAUGGCCAGAACGUGCUGGACAUCGUGGUGACCAAGCCCAACCGGGAGCGGCAGAAGCUGAUGCGGGAGCAGAACAUCCUGAAGCAGAUCUUUGGGAUCCUGAAAGCCCCUUUCAAGGACAAGGGUGGGGAAGGGCCCCUGGUGCGGCUGGAAGAACUGUCGGACCAGAAGAACGCUCCCUACCAGUACAUGUUUCGGCUGUGCUACCGCGUGCUCCGGCACUCCCAGGAGGACUAUCGCAAGAACCAGGAGCACAUUGCCAAGCAGUUCGGCAUGAUGCAGUCUCAGAUCGGCUACGACAUCCUGGCCGAGGACACCAUCACGGCCCUGCUGCACAACAACCGCAAGCUGCUGGAGAAGCACAUCACGAAGACGGAGGUGGAGACCUUUGUCAGCCUGGUGCGCAAGAACCGCGAGCCACGGUUUUUGGACUACCUCUCGGACCUGUGCGUGUCCAACCACAUUGCCAUCCCCGUCACCCAGGAGCUGAUCUGCAAGUGCGUGCUGGACCCGAAGAACAGUGACAUCCUCAUCAAAACGGAGCUGAGACCGGUGAAGGAGAUGUCGCAGACCCACGAGUACCUGAGCAUUGAGUACUCAGAGGAGGAGGUCUGGCUCACCUGGACGGACAAGAACAACGACCAUCAUGAGAAAAGCAUCCGGCAGCUGGCGCAGGAGGCCCGGGCUGGCAAUGCCCACGAUGAGAACGUCCUCAGCUACUACAGGUACCAGCUGAAGCUCUUUGCCCGCAUGUGCCUGGAUCGCCAGUACUUGGCCAUCAAGGAGAUCUCCCAGCAGCUGGGGGUGGACCUGAUCUUCCUCUGCAUGGCAGAUGAGAUGCUGCCCUUCGAUCUCCGGGCAUCCUUCUGCCACCUCAUGUUACACGUGCACGUGGACAGGGACCCCCAGGAGCUGGUGAUGCCCGUGAAGUUUGCACGGCUCUGGACCGAGAUCCCCACGGCCAUCACGAUCAAAGACUACGACUCCAACCUCAACGUCUCGCGUGACGACAAGAAGAACAAGUUCGCCAGCACCAUGGAGUUCGUGGAGGACUACCUGAACAACGUGGUGAGCGAGGCGGUGCCCUUUGCCAACGAGGAGAAGAACAAGCUCACCUUUGAGGUCGUCAGCCUUGCCCACAACCUCAUCUACUUCGGCUUCUACAGCUUCAGCGAGCUGCUGCGCCUGACGCGGACUCUGCUGGGCAUCAUCGACUGUGUCCAAAACCCCCAGCUGAUGAUGCAAGCGGUCUACAAUGAUGAGGUGACAGGGAAGAAUGUGCGGAGGUCAAUCCAGGGUGUUGGGCAGAUGAUGUCCACCAUGGUGCUGAGCAGGAAACAGUCCAUCUUCAGCUCCCCAAGCCUCAGUGCUGGGUCUGCACCAGAGCAAGUGGACAGAGGGAGGAGCAUCGAGAACGAGAACAUUGUGGUGAUGGAGACCAAGCUGAAGAUCCUGGAGAUCUUGCAGUUCAUCCUGAAUGUGCGGCUGGACUACAGGAUUUCCUACCUGCUUUCUGUCUUCAAGAAGGAGUUUGUGGAAGUCUACCCCAUGCAGGACAGUGCAGCCGAUGGGACAGCUCCAGCCUUUGACUCCACAACCGCAGCCAUGAACCUGGACCGGAUCGGCGAGCAUGCAGAAGCCAUGUUCGGUGUGGGGAAGACGAGCAGCAUGUUAGAGGUGGAUGACGAGGGAGGGAGGAUGUUUCUGCGGGUGCUGAUCCACCUGACGAUGCACGACUACCCACCGCUCAUCUCCGGCUCCCUGCAGCUCCUCUUCAAGCACUUCAGCCAGAGGCAGGAGGUCUUGCACACCUUCAAACAGGUUCAGCUGCUGAUCUCAGCCCAGGACGUUGAGAACUACAAGGUGAUCAAGUCAGAGCUGGACAAACUGCGUACCAUGGUGGAGAAAUCAGAGCUCUGGGUGGACAAGAAGGGCAGCAGCAAAGGGGACAGCACGGUGGAGGGGAACAAGAAGGAGAAGAAAGAGCACGCUGCUGACGAAGAGGUCAUUGCUCCAGGAGAGAAGAGCAGCGAGAACUAUCAGAUAGUCAAGGGGAUCCUGGAGCGGCUGAAUAAGAUGUGCGGGGUCGGAGAGCAAGUGCGCAAGAAGCAGCAGCGCCUGCUGAAGAACAUGGAUGCCCACAAAGUGAUGCUGGAUCUGCUGCAAAUACCUUACGAGAAGGGUGAUGCCAAGAUGAUGGAGAUCCUGAAAUUCACCCACCAGUUCCUGCAGAAGUUUUGUGCUGGCAAUCAGGAAAACCAGGCUCUGCUGCACAAACACCUCAACUUGUUCCUGACCCCGGGGCUCCUGGAGGCUGAGACGAUGCAGCACAUCUUCCUCAACAACUACCAGCUCUGCUCGGAGAUCAACGAGACCGUGCCGCAGCACUUCAUCCACUGCGUGGCCACCCACGGCCGCCACGUGCAGUACCUCGAUUUCCUGCACACCAUCAUCAAGGCCGAGGGCAAGUACGUCAAGAAGUGCCAGGACAUGAUCAUGACCGAGCUCACCAACGCUGGGGACGACGUAGUGGUUUUCUACAAUGACAAGGCUUCACUGUCCACCCUUCUGGAGAUGAUGACUGCAGCCAGGGAUGGGGUGGAGGAGAACAGCCCGCUGAUGUACCACAUCUCACUGGUGGACCUGCUGGCCGCCUGCGCUGAGGGCAAGAAUGUCUACACAGAGAUCAAGUGCACGUCCCUGCUGCCCUUGGAGGACGUGGUGCGGGUGGUGACACAUGAGGAUUGCAUCACGGAGGUGAAGAUGGCCUACGUGAACUUCGUCAACCACUGCUACGUGGACACAGAGGUGGAGAUGAAGGAGAUCUACACCAGCAACCACAUCUGGACUCUCUUUGAGAACUUCACCCUGGACAUGGCACAGAUGUGCAAGAAGCGAGAGAAGCGCCUGCCGGAUCCCACGCUGGAAAAGUACGUGCUGACGGUGGUGCUGGACACCAUCAAUGCGUUCUUCAGCUCCCCCUUCUCAGAGAACAGCACCUCGCUGCAGACCCACCAGACCAUUGUGGUGCAGCUUCUCCAGUCCACCAUGAGGCUGCUGGAGUGUCCCUGGCUGCAGCAGCAGCACAAGAGCUCGGUGGAAGCCUGCAUCCGCACGCUGGCCAUGGUCGGUAAGGACCGCUCUAUCGCGCUGCCCAUGGACCUGGACGCCCACGUCAGCUCCCUGCUCAACAGCAGCUCCACCAGCACCGUGCAGAGGAACACGUCCAGCUACAAGACGGCCACACGGACCUUCCCCCGCGUCUCCACUACCCCCAACCAGUGGGACUACAAGAACAUCAUAGAGAAGCUGCAGGACAUCAUCAAUGCCCUGGAAGAUCGCUUGAAACCACUGGUGGAGGCCGAGCUGUCUGUCCUGGUGGAUGUCCUCCAUCGACCAGAGCUGCUUUUCAUGGAGGGGACGGAGGCGUUUCAGCGAUGUGAGAGUGGAGGAUUCCUGUCCAAGCUGGUGCAGCACACCAAGGACCUCAUGGAGACAGAGGAGAAGCUGUGCAUCAAGGUGCUGAGGACGCUGCAGCAGAUGCUGGUGAAGAGGAACAAGUAUGGCGAGAGGGGCAACCUGCUGCGGAAAAUGCUCCUGAACAAUUACCUGCAGAACAAGAAGUCCAGCUCCAAAGGGGAAAUCGUGGACGCUGCUGGGGGAGGCCAAGACCAGGACUGGUCCGCUAUCGCUGCUGUCCAGUGCCGGCUGGACCGAGAAGGGGCCACCAAGUUGGUGGCUGACCUCAUCAUGAACACCAAGAACGAGAAGAUCUUCCAAGAGAGCAUCCUGCUUGCCAUCCGGCUGCUGGACGGAGGCAACACCGAGAUCCAGAAAUCCUUCUACAACCUCAUGACAAGUGACAAGAAGUCUGAGAAGUUCUUCAAAGUUUUGCAUGACCGGAUGAAGAAAGCACAGCAGGAGACCAAGUCUACGGUGUCUGUGAACAUGAGCGACAUCGGGAACAAGCCUCGUGAGGACAAAGAUGAGCCUGACCCUGUCUCCAAAGGACGGGGAGACACCUUCCUGAUGCCUGGCACCCCCUCCCGAUACCCGAUGGCCAUAGGGUUUCGGAAGGGCCACGACACUGGGGAGCAGGGUCAGAACAACGAAAUGGGGGUGACGGUCCUGAUCAUGGAGCCUAUCCUGCGGUUCCUGCAGCUGCUCUGUGAGAACCACAACCGGGACCUGCAGAACUUCCUCCGGUGCCAGAACAACAAGACCAACUACAACCUGGUGUGCGAGACGCUGCAGUUCCUUGACAUCAUGUGCGGCAGCACCACGGGGGGGCUGGGGCUGCUGGGCCUCUACAUCAACGAGUACAACGUGGCCCUCAUCACCCAGACCCUGGAGACCCUGACCGAGUACUGCCAGGGGCCCUGCCACGAGAACCAGAGCUGCAUCGUGACGCACGAGUCCAACGGGAUCGACAUCAUCACAGCCCUCAUCCUUAAUGACAUCAGCCCCCUCUGCAAGUACCGGAUGGACCUGGUCCUGCAGCUGAAGGACAAUGCCUCCAAGCUCCUCUUGGCCCUCAUGGAGAGCAGACACGACAGCGAAAAUGCCGAGCGGAUCCUCAUCAGCCUCCGCCCGCAGGAACUGGUUGACGUGAUUAAGAAGGCCUACCUGCAGGAGGAGGAGUGUGAAAAUGCUGAGGUUUCUCCCCGGGAAGUCGGCCACAACAUUUACAUACUGGCGCUGCAGCUGUCCCGACACAACAAGUCCCUGCAGCAGCUCCUGAAGCCGGUGAAACGAAUCCAGGAGGAGGAGGAGGAGGGCAUCUCGUCCAUGCUCAGCCUAAAUAACAAGCAGCUGACGCAGAUGCUGAAGUCGACAGCCCCGGUGCAGGAAGAGGAGGAGGAUCCGUUGGCAUACUACGAGAAACACACAUCCCAAAUUGAGAUUGUGCGCCUGGACCGAAGCAUGGAGCAGAUAAUCUUCCCCGUGCCUGGCAUCUGCGAGUUCCUCACCAAGGAGACCAAGUACCGGCUCUUCACCACCACGGAGCAGGAUGAGCAGGGCAGCAAAGUCAGUGAUUUCUUCGACCAGUCGUCCUUCCUCCACAACGAGAUGGAAUGGCAGAAGAAACUGCGCAGCAUGCCGCUGAUGUACUGGUUCUCCCGCAGAAUGACUCUCUGGGGAAGCAUUUCCUUCAACCUGGCUGUCUUCAUCAACAUAAUCAUUGCUUUCUUCUACCCCUAUGUUGAAGCCACUUCCAUGGGAGUGCUGGAUUCCCCGCUGAUCUCGCUGCUCUUCUGGAUUCUGAUCUGCUUCUCCAUCAUGGCCUUGUUCACUAAGCGCUACGGCGUCAGACCGCUCCUCGUGGCACUGAUCUUGCGAUCGAUUUAUUACCUGGGGAUUGGACUCACUCUGAACAUACUGGGGGCUCUCAAUCUGACCAACAAGAUUGUGUUCGUGGUGAGCUUCGUGGGUAAUCGCGGGACCUUCAUCCGAGGCUACAAGGCCAUGAUCAUGGAUGUGGAAUUUCUUUACCAUGUCGGCUACAUCCUGACGAGUGUCCUGGGACUCUUUGUGCACGAACUCUUCUACAGCAUCCUGCUGUUUGACUUGAUCUACCGUGAGGAGACCUUGUUUAACGUCAUCAAAAGUGUGACGCGGAACGGGCGCUCCAUCCUGCUGACAGCCCUCCUGGCUCUCAUCCUCGUCUACCUCUUCUCCAUCGUGGGCUUCCUGUUCCUGAAGGAUGACUUCAUCCUGGAGGUGGACCGGCUGCCGGAGAGCAAAGCCAAAGAUGACCCCUUGGGGAUGCAAAGGAACAUGGAGACCUUCAUGGAGUCAUGCAGCAGUGACAAAAUUAGCUGCUCUGCAGUGCCCACUGCCUUGGAAGAAACAGACGCUGACCAGUGGGAACGCGCCUGCGACACGCUGCUCAUGUGCAUCGUCACUGUCCUGAACCACGGCCUGAGGAACGGAGGGGGCGUGGGCGACAUUCUGCGGAAGCCGUCGAAGGAUGAGUCCUUGUUUCCUGCUCGGGUUGUCUACGACCUCCUCUUCUUCUUUAUUGUCAUUAUUAUCGUCCUUAACCUCAUCUUCGGGGUCAUUAUUGACACCUUUGCUGAUCUGAGGAGCGAGAAGCAAAAGAAGGAGGAGAUACUGAAGACGACCUGCUUCAUAUGUGGACUCGAAAGGGACAAGUUCGACAACAAGACGGUGUCCUUUGAGGAGCAUAUUAAAUACGAGCACAACAUGUGGAACUACUUGUACUUCAUAGUGCUGGUGCGAGUGAAGAACAAGACAGACUACACGGGGCCGGAGAGUUACGUGGCGCAGAUGAUAAAGAACAAGAACCUGGACUGGUUCCCCCGGAUGCGAGCCAUGUCGCUGGUCAGCAAUGAAGGGGAAGGGGAACAGAAUGAGAUCCGGAAUCUGCAGGACAAACUCAACACCACGAUGAAGCUGGUGUCCCAUCUCACCUCCCAGCUGAAUGAGCUGAAGGAACAGAUGACAGAGCAGCGGAAGCGCAGACAAAGGAUGGGGUUUGUGGAUGUCCAGAAUACCAUGAACCACUAAGACACAGAAGCAGCAUUGGCUUCACCCACGGAGGGACUACACACACGUAUCGGCUACCAAGGCUGCUUAUUCCUGGGUUCCACACAUGGAUGGCAUCGUCAGAGAACAACGGACCCUGCGGAAGGACUUCGCAGGCACCAUUUUCCUUAGAGCGCUUGUAAGAAAUUCAGGAACCAGGGACCGGCCGGGAUUCCUCACGAUACCUGGACCCACACGUUACUCUAAUGCCCUUGUAGGAAGAUAAAUUAUACAGAACUUCUAUUCCUCAUUGCAAUAACUCUUAUUUUGCAAAUGUGGAGGGUUGUAUCUUUAUCUCCAUGCGCUACAUUCUGAUGGCCUCCACCUCAGGUGUGGUGUAACUAGCUGUAGGGCUGCAAUAUUUAACUUAUUCCA